AUGCUCAGCCUUGCUAGUAAAUUGUUGGCCUUGGUAUUGGUUGUACAAAUCUGUGCAAUUCAAAGUAAACAAGCCCAAAAAUCUCCCCUUCUUCGUUGUUUAACUGGUUACAAAGACUGCCAUGGAAAACUUUACGAUUGUCCACCCGAUAGAGUAUUUCAAAAGUGUGCCAGCAAUUGUCCAAAAACUUGCCGAAAUCCAUAUGUAAACUCGAAUAAUACGCAAUGUUUACGUAACUGUCGUUCCGGUUGUGUUUGUGCAAACGGAACUGUUAUUGAUGAAGAUCGUAAUGGUGAUUGUGUUCCACAACGCGAAUGUUCAUGUCGUCACAAUGGAAGAAUCUAUAUGGCCGAAGAAAUCAUACUCCGAAAAGGAAAACGAUGUCAAUGUCGAGAUGGUGCAUGGACUUGUGGUAAACAACCAUUGUGCUCACGAACAUGUUCAGUUGUUGGUCUCGGCCAUGUGCAAACAUUCGAUGGAGCAACGUUUCAUGUCAAACCAAGCAGUUAUAUCUUAGUGAAAAAUGUUGAUAACAAGACAAAACAUUUUGAAAUUGAAGCUUCUGUACAGAAUAAUUACAAACGUGAAUUAAAAUUUAACAUCGGUAGCAGCGCUGUUGUCUUGUCCGAUAUUCAUACAAUCACAUUGAACAACAAAAAAAUCGCACAACUUCCAUUCAAAUCAGAUGAUCUCGCAAUUCGACAAGUCACAUCACAGUUUAUUUUAAUUGAAUCGACCAGCAUGCAUAUUGCCUAUGAUGGAAAUGCUAUCUAUGUUACCUUAGCUUCAACAUACCGGGAUAAUGUACGCGGUCUAUGCGGAUCAUUCGAUUACGAUCAAGAUAAUGAUCUGCGUUUGCCAAACGGUCAACUCACCAACGACACAGAAGUAUUUAGUAAGAGCUACCGACACAAACAUCAUAAACCACAACAUGAAUCUACUGCUACUCCGCCCGAAAAGUUCGAUCGAACCAAAGCUGAGAAGCAUUGUCGUAAGCUCAAACACGACGUCUGUAAACGGACUGCAUGUGUAGCGGGACUCCUCUUGUCUUGUAUUGAUGAUCUCCGUUACACUCCAGCAAACCAUCACCAACAUGCUUCGUGCCACUGGCAUUCCAUUUUUGCCCAUGCCUGCGCAUUGACCAGAAAGGGCAUUCCAACAAAACAUUCCAACUGGCGCAAGCACUGUAAAGCGGUAUAUCCCAACUGUGGCGCCGGCAGUGUAUAUAACGAAUGUCCGACUACAUGCCUCAACUACGCCUCACAACCACGCAAUGAACCUGAACUCAAUGCCAUAUGUCAACGCAGUUGUUUAGCAGGCUGCGUUUGCAAAAAACAUCACCUUUAUUAUGGGCCACAGCCAACCAAUCAAUCUUUUCAAUGCACCGAACAACCCAAAACUUCCACCAAGAGACCCUACCAUACAACUAAACAGCCGCAUAAAACUCGCCGACCACAUAAAACUCGCCGACCACACGACUCGAACGGAACACAAGUUCCAUACAUCACCAAACGAACCAAAACAUCACAACGAACCACACCAGGCCCCAGCGAACCUACAAACCCACAAGGAACAACACGAGGACCCAGUGGAUCUGAAGGACCACGAGGAACGACACAAGGGUCCAAGGGAUCAGAAGGACCAGAAGGUACAACACAAGGACCAAAGGGAUCUGAAGGCCCCGAAGGUACAACACGCGGACCCAGUGGAUCUGAAGGACCAGAAGGAACGACACGUGGACCAAGUGGAUCAGAAGGACCACAAGGUACAACACAAGGACCAAAGGGAUCAGAAGGACCACAAGGAACAACACAAGGACCAAAGGGAUCUGAAGGCCCAGAAGCAACAACACGCGGACCAAGUGGAUCUCAAGGCCCAGAAGGAACAACACAAGGACCAAAGGGAUCUCAAGGCCCAGGAGGAACAACACGUGAACCAAGCGGAUCUGAAGGACCAGAAGGUACAACACGUGGACCAAAUGGAUCGGAAGGACCACAAGGAACAACACAAGGACCAAAGGGAUCUGAAGGUCCCGAAGGAACGACGCGUGGACCAGGUGGAUCAGAAGGACCACAAGGUACAACACAAGGACCAAAGGGAUCUCAAGGCCCACAAGGAACAACACAAGGACCAAAGGGAUCUCAAGGCCCCGAAGGAACAACACAAGGACCAAAGGGAUCGGAAGGACCACAAGGAACAACACAAGGACCAAAGGGAUCUGAAGGCCCCGAAGGAACAACACAAGGACCAAAGGGAUCUGAAGGCCCAGAAGGAACAACACGUGGAGCAAGUGGAUCAGAAGGGCCACAAGGAACAACACAAGGAGGUGAGACCACAUCAUCGGGUACGUGUGAAGAAGAAGUGGCUACUAUUCCUGAACGAAGUGGAGAUGAGAAUAGCUCCAGUGGUCCACGUUUUCACGUCAAGCCGGUCACGCCGUAUAAGCCUAGUGAUGUUAAUCCUGGAUCGAAUGGUUUGUCGUUUCCAUUGUCUGAUAAGGGCUAUAUUAUCAUAUUCCCGCUGGUCAGACCUUCAGUUGUUCGUGCAAUUCGUUUACCAACAACAAGCAAUGUGGACCAAGUACGUGUGAUGUUUUUGGAUGGAAACGAUCGUCCGGUGACGAGUCAGUCAUCAGACAAGAGUCCGUUCCAAGCUACUUCGAAAUUAGAGAGUGGUCCAAGAAUCAAUAUUGAUUUCAAUAAGAAAGUAAACGCUGUUCAUGUUACUCUGUUGCGCACAAAUGACAACCAACCUCCGAAAGAUGUAACGGUGGAGAUCAUUGCUUGUACUGAACCGGCAACUGUAACUCCGCCUUCGCAUGUAAGCACACGAAAGACAUCUAGUCCGCCAGCAUCGAACUAUACGUCGCCACCAUCAUCUUCGUCCGGUCAAUGUCAACCUAAACGAAAUGCCGCUACUCGUAUCACUAUUGGUGAAUGUGUGUCAGAACAAGAAAUCGAACAGGAUUCAUGUUCCGGUUUUUGUCCAUCCUACGAGGAACUUGAUCCAUUCAGUGGAGGUAUAGCUGACAAAGAAUGCUUUUGUUGCGCGCCUGAUUCAACAUAUACCGAAUCGAUCGUGGUCAAUUGCCGUGAUGGAACAACAGGAAAGACGCAACAGCGAACAUCGCAAAUUACCCGUAUUCGAUCAUGCAAAUGUUCAAUGUGCGGUGGAUCGCCAAAAACAUCUUCAGGCGACUCAACCAAUCGUUCGAAAGGCAAAUCGAAAACACGACGACGAUAA